AUGGACAGUAGAAACCGGGAGAAGGUGAGGUUCAAGUGGAUGCGAACCCUCAACAGAGAUGUGCCUCAUACUCCCUCAUCGUCCAGUGACUCGUCCUUCACGUCGCCCACUGCCAAGUCCCAGGAAUCAGCUGAGUUCAGCGAUCUGACCCUCUCCACACCCAAGAGGAAGGCAGACCGGAACAGCAUGGCGUCGUCCUCCAAAGUCAAACUCAGGAAACUGUCCAAGCUGCGGUUUCAGGCCCUGGCGACUCCUGAGGAAAGUCCCGUUGACAAAUCUCCUCAAAUGUCCCCGAACUCUGGAUCCUCAUCUCCUUCUGACACAAUUUUGAAUAAAAGAAAGGUGCGGACGCCUGAGGAGGGAUCCAAAGCCAUCUACAAACACGCUCUGCUCGCUGCUAUCGGCUGCAAAGGCCCAAAAAAGGAGUCAGAGAAGAGUCCUUCUCCAAAGGCCAGUCCAGUCAAAGUUGUCGAUGUGAAUGGAAUAGGAGUCACGACCUGGUCCCCCACAGUUACGCGCCGCUCCUCCUGGUCCCCCACAGUGAGCCUGGACUCUGAGGAAGAGAGAGCAGCCUUCAUGUCUGAGAACAGGAGCUUUGUGCUGAAAGAUGAUUCACCGAGCACGCUUACAACACCUGAGAACCAGAGAGCAUUAGACUCAUCUCCUGAUACAACGUAUUAUCACGACUGCUGUUUCUCUCCCACCCCCGAGAGAGAAGACUCAAUUUCCACCCAACACGAAACUGAAUCUCCCCUCUCAAUGACAAGUCAAAGCCCAAAUGUGUCCGAGAACCGGGACACACCGCAAAGAACAAUAAUUCUUUCGGGCAAGACACAAGCCGUACGUGUGUCAGAGGCCUCCACAAGAACUGCAGAUAGCAAAGCUCAGACCAUCACGUUUGCCGACCCCUUUGCGCUGCCUGUCCACUCCACGUAUCGCGGCUGCAGUUAUAGAAGACACUCUGACGUUAGCGGUUCGGCUCAUCACCCACUCUACGCCCUCACUCACCCCAGCGCCGCCAGCAGGAGGUGGUCUGUGGGCGUGGAGCAGGAGUGGACUUCGCCUCCCAGAAUGCAUCACGGCACUGGGUUUGUGGACACGCACUGCCACCUGGAUAUGCUCUACGCCAAGCUGUGUUUUGCUGGGAGCUUUACCAGCUUCAGGAGGAAGUACUGGCGCAGCUUCGGGGCGGAGUUCGAAGGCUGCAUUGCGGACUUCUGUAACCCGCGCGUCAUGGUGCGAGAGAGAAUCUGGGAGGAGCUUCUGAACGAGGACAAGGUGUGGGGCGCGUUCGGCUGCCACCCCCACUUCUCCAAAGACUACACAAAUAAACAGGAGAGCGACAUCAUGGCCGCCAUGAGGCACCCCAAAGCUGUGGCCUUUGGAGAGAUCGGGCUGGACUACUCCCACAAGAACUCCACCGACUCCACCCAGCAGAAGAUGGUUUUGGAGCGACAGCUGAAGCUGGCCGUGGCAAUGAAGAAGCCGCUGGUGAUUCACUGUCGAGACGCUGACGAUGAUCUGCUGCCGAUUCUCACCAAGUGUGUCCCCAGAGACUACAAGAUCCACCGUCACUGUUUCACCAACGCCUUUCCAGUGAUCGAGCCAUUCCUGGAAGCUUUCCCAAACCUGUACGUGGGCUUCACGUCUCUCAUCACGUACUCCAGCGCCACUCAGGCUCGUGGUGCCGUGCGCAGGAUCCCACUGGAGCGAAUUGUCUUGGAGACAGAUGCCCCCUACUUCCUGCCCAGACAGGUGAGUAAGAGUGUGUGUAGGUUCUCUCACCCUGGGAUGGGCAUCCACACUCUGCAGGAGAUCAGCCUCCUGAAGGGAGCGGACAUGUCCACUGUCCUCAGCACUAUCCGCCACAACACACACCAGCUCUAUGGGAUCUGA